UCUCGUGACACAUUGUGUCGUAUUGUGUCGCAAUAACGGAUCUCGAGAGGUUCUUUCUUUAAAAAAAAUAAAAAAGGGAACAGAGAGGGAAAAAGAGAAAAAAGGACGGAAGUAGGAGAGGCGGUUCGCCAGCGCGAGAGACACAUUUUGAACACGACCGGAUUGGCGAACUCCAGCCGUGCGUGUGCGAUGUAAAACCCACGACGAGCCCGCGUGUGUGCCGUUAACUGGUGUGGACGACGAUUUCAAUCGAGGAAAGUCUUACUUUCGGCAGAGCCCUCCGGUUUCUCUUCUCCUUGCGGUAGUUCUUACCCUUUCCUCUCUCCCACGCAAAUCCAGAGCGCAGAUAUGCGUUGAGCGACCGGCGCCGGUCUUCAUUUUCCGAAGUGUCGUGUUCCUUCGUUUCGGUGAUGGAUUAAAAGGGCAACGUGGUCUCCCCUCAGUCACUCUCAGGAAGCAGGAAAUCAUAAGAGCCGCAAGGAUGCCGAUGGAAUUCUUGGAGCGACUUCCAAUCCCGAAUCUCCGGGUGUACACGGCAAUAAGCUUCGCCGUGUUAUCCUGCUCGGUGUAUUAUGCGGUUCAGAUCAUCAAGGACCCGGCGUGGAAGAGCAACCACACUUAUGUAGAGACCAAGAAUGAAUCGACCAGCGACAUCGACUCCGAUCCGAGGAAUUUCGCUAUGCAUCUGAAGGAGCUACUCGAGUGCAUGCUCGACGAGCCUGUUUGCAUCUGGGUAAGUGCUACCUUGAUCAACAUGGCGUACUGCGUGCUGAUCCUGCUGGGCAAAACAAUCCAAAAGCUCGUGUUCGGCGAGCUUCGAGCCUCCGAGAGGCAACACCUCAAGGACAAGUUCUGGAACUUCGUGUUCUACAAAUUCAUUUUCGUGUUCGGCGUGCUGAACGUGCAGUACAUGGACGAGGUUGUACUCUGGUGGGCUUGGUUCACCGCGCUUGGCUUCCUAAGUCUCCUCAGUCAACUCUGCAAGGAUCGAUUCGAAUACUUGUCGUUCUCACCAACAACGCCUGGUUGGAGUCACGCGAGGCUUCUUGGACUUCUCGCGACUAUUCUCGCGUUAUCUUCAUUUAUGUUACUCCUGUGCACAGCUGCGGCGUUCUUCUUCGUCUCAUUCAAUACCUUUGUCUUCACUGCAGCUGAGUGCAUCUUACUAGGGGUCAGAACAGUUCACGUAAUGGUGCGAUAUAUAAUUCACCUGUAUGACACUCGCGGAGCUGGAACCUCUUCGCAACGUUCCUGGGACAAAAGAGGUCCUUUGACUUACUACACGGAUCUAGCGGCAGAAUUAAUAGUGUUGGCUGUAGAUUUUCUUCACCACGUUCACAUGUUACUUUGGAGUAACAUAUUCUUAAGCAUGGCGUCCCUUGUGAUCUGUAUGCAGCUUAGGUAUCUUUUCUACGAGAUACAACGCAAGAUAACAAAGCACAGAAACUAUCUCGCUGUGUUAAAUCACAUGGAGCAGAAUUAUCCAAUGGCAAGUCAAGAAGAGUUAGCAGAGAACUCCGAUAAUUGCGCCAUUUGCUGGGAGAAAAUGGAAACAGCUAGAAAAUUACCUUGUACUCACCUUUUCCACAAUUCUUGUUUACAGUCCUGGUUAGAACAGGACACCUCGUGUCCAACUUGUAGAUUAGCUCUAAGCAUGCAGCCUAGCCACCGCGAGAACACACAAGAAUUACCAACCGAACCGCAAACGCCAGCCAGACGAAAUGAAAACCAUUUCUUUCAUUUCGAUGGCUCGAGAUACGUCUCCUGGUUGCCAAGCUUCUCUGUUGAAGUUUCUCACAAUAGGCUACGCGGGAACAUCUCUACUAUUACACAUAACAACUCGCAAAUGGAUGCCAUGAUUAGACAGGUGCAGCAGCUGUUUCCACAUUUUCCGCGCAAUCUAAUUGUAGAAGAUCUGAGAAUGACAAGAUCAGUCGAGUGGACCGUUGAAAAUAUCCUGGAUGGGGUGCUGAUAUCUCCUCAUCACAUAAUCGAGGAACCGCAGUCGGAAUCCGUCCUUCAAAUCCAUACCAGUACCACGGAAACUAGUGUUUCUUUAAAUACCCCAUCGGCGCCGCUACCUUCAGAUCCAAGAUUUGAUAUUCCCCUUGCUGAUAGCGGCGAGGAACCUUCCAGUCUGGGAGGACGGUUUUCUAAAUCAUCAUCCGAACGAGAACAGAUUCUGCAGCGUCGCAAAGAACUUCUGCGGCUCGCUGCUAAGAAAAGAUACUUCGAGAAGCGCCGAAAAAAGCAUGAGGCCGACCAACAUGUUUCUAAUACUACUUCUUAAAACAGGGAAAUCAGAGAGAGAGAGAGAGAGAGAGAGAAAGAGAGAAAGAGAGAGAGAUAUAUGUCGAUAAAGAAAUUCUUGAUUUUUCGUGCUUCGUAGCGGCCAUCUUCUUCGAAGAAGAGUAUAACGACUGAUUUUCUUGAGUACACGUCCACCGACAUUCACUUACUUUUUUUUUGCCUCCUUCUUCUUCCUUCUUUUCUUUUUUGUGUCUGUUUGCAUCCAGCUGUCAUUUUCUUUUAUUCCUCUUUUUUUCUUUUUUUUUAGCAGGCUGUAUUCUUUAUUCCUUGGUUUGUUCCUAAGAAUUUUUGAAUGAUCUUAAUUAUCGUUGCAUCUUUAACGAGGUGCAAUUUUUAAGCACCGGUUUCUAUUUUUGGAAACUUCGCACUCAUUAUAUUUGCUUUUUUUCGAUUUUGCGUAUCGUCAUACAGAAAUCCCGAUCUUUAGGAAUAGUUUUCUUGAAAAUUCUAAGCUCCUUAACUUGAGAAACAUAGUUUCCUUAAGAACACGUUUUUUAUUCUUAAGAGGAGAUAAGGACAAUUAACUUAAAGUAUUAGCCGUUUAAUUCUUUAGCAAUAAUAAGAAUUAACUUAAAAGUAUUACUCGCUUAAUUAUUUUUAAUUCUUUAUUUAUUAAAAUAAUAAUUAAGAAGCGAAAAUUCUCGAAAGUCUCGAUCCUUUCUUUUCAACAUCUCUUCGUUUUUCUUCCCCCUAAAAGAUAUUUAUCGAAGAGCUUCUAAUCUUAUGUAGAAAAAAAACCCUUAGGAAAUUUGAAAUCUUAUACACAGAAGUAAUUCUUCUUUUUCUUUUUUUUCUUUUUUAAGAAAUUUUCUUGGUAGCCUAAAUAUUUCUAUUCUUAAAGAUUUUCUUUAAAGUCUUGUUUUUCUAUUCGUAAGAAAAUAAUUGUUCUUAAGAGUAGAAAAAGAGAUUUUAGCAACUAAUAUCGACUGGUUGUGAAUUAUAUACUCAUUGGUGGAGUAGAGGACUGAGAUAACAUAUUAUCGAAGAUAUCCUUUUUUUUUUUUUUGUUUUUUUCAUUCAGUUAAACGAUAAAAUCGUCUAAUGUUUUUAAUGGCAAAUGAUUGUUAUAAUUUUUGUUAUUAAUUUUAAUUUAAUGUUGAGUACAAAAAAAAUUGAUUGAGAGUAUAUUUUUCCUAAUGUGAAACAAUGUUAUUUUAUUUAAAAGAUUGUGUAUUUGGUUAAUUUUAUUAUUUGUAAACAUUUUUUAUUUAUGUAUACCAGUAAAUAAGGUUAUAUUUAAAGCAA